AUGACACUGCUUGCAGGCUGUCGAGGAGGGCACAGGACCAAACCAGGGCCCAGGAAAUAUGGCUGUCAGCUCACACUGGAUCCAAACACAGCGAACAGAGGGCUGUCUCUGUCUGAGGGGAACAGGAAGGUGACACACACUCUGGGGAGAGAGCAGCCAUAUCCUGAUCAUCCAGAGAGAUUUGAGCCCGUUCCGCAGGUUAUGUGCGGAGAGUUUCUGUAUGAGCGCUGUUACUGGGAGACUGAGUUCAGCGUAUCUGAGGAGGGGCAGGUGGAUAUAGCGGUGGCAUACGAAGGAAUCGGCAGGAAAAAGGACUUUUCUGACUGUAGGCUCGGAUGGAAUAAAAACUCCUGGAGUCUGGAGUGCAACAAACGCAGAUACUCUGUCAGGCACAAUAAGACACAGAGGCAGAUCCUGGCCCGCCCGUCCCCCUACCGCAGAGCAGGAGUGUGUGAUGAGGACGAUGGCACCAAUCCGGAAGUGUGUGUGUACAGGGUGGGAGUGUGUGUGGACCGUCCGGCCGGCAUGCUGUCCUUCUACAGCAUCUCCAACUCUGACACACUGACCCUCCUGCACAGAUUCCAUGUACAGUUUACUCAAAGCACACCCCUCUGUGCUGGAUUUUAUGUGUAUAAAUCCUCAGUGUCCCUCUGCCAACUGCAGUAGUCACACGCACACACACACACACACACACACACACACACACG